AUGGAAAAAAGAGUAAUUCUUUUAGUUGGGAAAACUGGUAAUGGUAAAUCUACCAUGGCCAAUGUUUUAACUAAUACCGAAAAUUUUCCUGUGUUUAAUGGUUCUCAAAGUGGGACUAGGGAAUAUAUGGUUGGGAAAUUUCAGCAUGAAGAAAUCGAGUACACCAUAAUUGAUACUCCUGGAAUCAACGACACUCGUUCUGGAAAUGAAAUUAAUGUAUAUAAGGAAAUAGUUGAUGCUGUUUAUAGUUUUAGAGAUGGCUUGAAUCAAGUUUUUUUUGUUACCAGGGGCAGAUUGACAGCAGAAGAAAUAAGUAGUUAUACCCUACUUUCCGAGGCUUUUUUUGAUGAAGAAAAGAUUCCCGAGUUUAUGACUAUUGUUAGAACUAAUUUUGGGGACUUUGGGAAUGAAGAGGCAUGUAAAAAUGAUAUUGAUGAGAUGGAAAGCCAGGGUGGUGAAAUUUCAGAUUUAAUUAAAAUUCGUAGAAAUAAUGUUAUUCAUGUAGAUAACCACCCUAGGCAUCAAAAAGAUCGCGAUAAAUCUAGAACUAUUUUAUUAAAUUAUUUGAAAGAGUGUAAAGAAAUAUAUCAGCAUGUAACUCCCUAUUCGGUUGGGAAAAGAGUCCAAGAAAUAGAAGAGGCGGAAAAUGAAAUAUUCGAAAUACUUAGUCUCAAAGGAAAAAUCAACAAUGCCUUGGAAAUUGGAGAAAAAAUUAAAAUUGCGGGAGAAAUGAUGAAAAAAGAAGGAAAUACAGGCUCAGAGGAUAAACAGAUAAUUGCAGUUAUUGGAUUUUACGUAGAGGUAUUAGGAUUUGUAAUCGAAUCUGUUGGAAAAUUGAUUCUUCAUUUUAGUUUAAAUAGCAAAUGUAAGAAAACCGUGGAAAGAGUCGGAAAAUUUUUAAAUGAGUCAAGGUCUUUAUUAGAAGAACUAAAAAAUUGUGAAGGAGAUAACAAAAGGUUGGACGAUCUUUUCGAAGAAUGCAUUGAUGUUUUAGUCAAGGAACGGAAAUCCCUGGUGAUUAGGUUGGCGAUAGAAAGGAUGUAUCAAGAAAAAGAAAACCAUUAUGAGUAA